AUGCCCUGAAGAGGGACUCAUACAGUCCGAAACGUUGGCAUAAAAUAAAAAAAAAUAAUUAGCCUAAAACCGAUCGAAAAUCCGACUUUUUAUUUUUUUUCAUUGAUUUUAUGAAGAAAAAACUUUGCAGUGAAACUUUCUUUACGCCUGAUUAACGUAAAAGCCAGACCCUGGGUCAUACUGCGAGACAAUACUGUAUUUAAUCCCUUUUCUUAGACUUUUCUAACAUCACUGCCAUGAAGUAAUAAAUUAAUUAAAUUCUGUAAUGUUUAAAUUAAUUUUGUGAGGCCUAUUUAGUACAAAAUCACUGCCAAUGCAGAUACUACAAAAAUAUAUAAAUCAUCAUAGUAAAUUCUGUGAUUCGCCUUCUAAUAAAUUUGUAGAUUAGCUUUAACUUUAAUCUAUAUUAAUCCUUUUUUAUGCAUCUUAAAUCCUGAUCAGUUUUUGAUUUUUUUUUUUUGAAGAACUUCCUGCAAAAAUUUCGUGCAGUUUAGUUAAUUGACAAAUGAAAUUAUUCUCUAUUUAGGAAAAUAAAUAAUUCCGCAUGAUUAAUUGCCAUGCAAUGCAAAAACUACAUCCACCAAUAUUCGUUGAAAAGACAUUCGAGAGAAUAUAAAAUGUUAUGUGUACGUAAGACAAGAAAAUAGAAAUUAUUUUAGACGAGCAAUAUUUGCAAAGAUUAAAAUUAUUUGACGCCUGUCUCGCAUAGCGAACACGUGAAAGUUUCCAAUAUUCAAUGUUUCAUUCUUAAGGAAAUUUUAUUUUUAGGUUUAGAACUAAAUAAUUCUCGAAGCUACAAAAUAGUGAACCAAAGAACUACGAUGGUUGUAAAGUAAAAUAAAUAAAAUAAACAAACCUACAUGUUUCUAAGAAAAAGCGUGUUCACUAUGAGAGGCACCUGGUGUCUAUGAAAGAAAAUUUUAUGAAAAAUUCAUCGAUCUCAAUAGAAUCUAGAACUUUUCUUUCACCGAAUGACAAAUUAAAGUAAAAGAUAUAAUUAUUUCAGCAAGAAUAUGUAACAAUUUUAUUUGAAAAAUAAAUCAGAAACUUUCAAUAAUUUUCAAUUGAAAAUUUGAAUCUGAAAACAUAAGGCGUGCAAUAAAAUCUAGGAGAAAAUUUCAAAAAUAAAUCACAAAAUGUGAAAUAUCUAGCUGCAAAUGCAAUCCUAUAGCAGCGAAAUGAGAAGAAAGAAAAACUUUAGAAAAUCGCAAAAAUAAAGGAAUUUUAAAAAGACAUGGAAACAACUAAAGAAUAAUUAUCAACAGCACGACUGUGAUAUAUUUAAUGUCGUUGUUCAAGCAUUAAGGCGAAAAAUAAAAAGAAUUAAAUGAAAAAUUUACUAAAAAAUUCAUAAUGAAAAUAAAAUUCAUCGUUAGAUUAAUUUAAAGGCUAGAAAUUAUGAAAAAAUUAAGUUUUUAUUUGGAAUUUAUUCUCAUAUCUCUAUUUUAUCUUGAAUAUUUUUAACUCAAUCACUGCAACUUGUUAAAUGAAGUCAAGAGAGAAAUUUUAAUUAUCGCAUAUUUAGAUUAAAAAAAAUGUUAAAUUUUCAAAGUAUUAGGAAAACCCAGAAAGAAAACGAAUAUAAGUAAAUUAGUUAAUUCCGAAAUGAAAUUUUUGCUAAGAAAAUAAAACAAAAAAUUUUAUUUUCACUGAUAAAUUUCUCACAAAAAAUCAUGAAAAAUUGAAACCUUCAAUUUAUUAAUAAAGAUAAAUAAUGAAUUAUACAGACCAUUUGCAUAAUAAACGAUCGAGGAAACAACAAAUAGAGAACCAUAGCACAAAAAUCAAUAAUUAAAGAUGAAAAAAAAACUAACAAACAUUUUCAAUUUAUCUUUUUUUUUUUUCAAAAAAUAGGACAAAAAGAAGUUACAAAAAAAACGACGAAAUUGAUUUUCUUUUUGAAAUGUGAACAAAGGCACAAAAAUAAGGAAAAAAAUCCAAUAAAAGCAGGAAAAACUCCUUAAGAAAACGUCAAGUUUGAAAAGGAAAAACUUGAAUUAGAGGCUUUUAAAAAAUUCACACAUUUUUCAUAUUUAAAUAACUCAUAAAAAAUUCAUUAUAAAAUUCAUAAUAAAUAAAGAAUAGUAAAAAAAAUGAACAAAUUUAAUAGUAAACGUCAAUAAGUAAUAAAACUAAUAAAAUAAAUGUAAUAAUAAAAAAUAAAAAAAAUCAUUCGCAAUUAAAAACUCACCAAAUAAAUUUUACUAACUUCUACCGAAAGAAAAAACUACCAGAAACAAAAAAUAUUCGCAUAGACUUUUUUCGAACAUUGUAAUAAAAAAAUCUUCAUUGGAAGACACAAAAGUAAGAAAAUAAAUAUUUUUGCGUAUAAAAAAUAAACCCACAGAUCGUAUUCAGAAAAACUAAAAAAAAAAGAAAAGUAGGAAAAACGCGGUAACGCGAAGGAGGUUAGCAACCGUGACAUUUUGACAGAUGACAGUUCAUAAAGUUCUGUCAUUUCAGUGACAUUUCAAGAAAACACGCACGACCAUCAAAACCCACAUAAAUAGCAUCCUGUGUUUUGUUGAAACAAACAAAUAAAUUCAUGCAAACAAAAUGUAAGAUGUAGCUAACCUAGGAGAGUCACUUUGUAUCGAAAAAAAAAUUAAGGAAAAAAAACUAUAGAUAGAGAAAAUUUGAGAUGACUGUGACAACUCUCAAAUUUGACACCGUAAACUCUUCAUGAUGUCUAAGUGAAUACAAUAUUUAAUCAUACAUUUUUUGUAUAUUGUAAACAAUAAUGUAAUUUUAUAAAUUGUUUUACAGAGAAAAAAUAAUUUGACAAAAAAAAUCGUAUAAAUAUAAACUAAAUGAUAAAAACUAAAAAUAAUAAAAAUUCGAAAUAAAAUAAAAAUAAUAUUUGAAAAAUUAUCGAAAUUUCCAUGUUUCAUUGACACUCUUUUUGACAUUUAUGCAGUCUAUGACGGUUAUUUACUGUAAGUGUCAAAAUUGUGUGACAGAUAACAAAUUUAUUUGACAGAUAUUUAAAUUUAAAAAAGUAACUGAUAUUUCAUUAUUUUUUACAGUGUAGGAAACUCAUCGGGGUCAUUUUAUGGGCUAGACCGGACAAAUUUCAUUUGAAGCAACUCAAGUAGCAACAAUAUAGGCUCAACCCACCGACCCCGAAACAAGUCGGUGCUCCGUAUCCUGUGUGGCACACACACGGUAUGUGCUGCGAACUUCCGCGGGGGUCAAGCUGAAAAUGGAAGUAAUCCACAUGGACAAUGGGCACAAAGCCGCCGUGGAGGGUAAGACGGUGUACGCACCACGCACAGACCUAACGCCAAUCGCGUCACCAGAAAGCCCCGAGGCGCCGAAGACGCCAACAGUUCCACGGCCACGGGCCACCUUCAAGAAGUCCCACACAUGCGGUAGUCUCUUUGCCAAUUGUGAGUGUGACCUCCGGGACGACUGUAGGAGUCACAAGCAAUCCCAGCGCAAGAAGAUCUUCCAGUCCUUCUCGCAUCCCGACACAGCGUUCAUUUUCACAGACGAAAAUUCUCAGGUGAAGGAUCAGAGGGCAUCUCAACGAUCACGCGUUAUCGCCACACGCAAUGGCAUCCUGGCCCUUCCGGGGCCCGAGAAGCGCCAAUCAACACCCAGCCUUGGAAACUUCACCGUGCACGAUGUUCUCAUUCACCCGGAAGUGGUGCUCAAGGUGUGCCGCCAGGAACCCGUGACGCCCACAAACUCCCCCAGUCAGGGUUUCUUCGCGGACCACCUCAAGUCGCACCUCAAGCAAGUUCGCCCACCCAAACCACGCAGUGAUUCCGCACAAUCAGACCAAUCGGUCUCCUCAACGGCCAGCGGGCGUCGUGCGUCUGUAGCUAAAUCCGAUUCGAGCUUCGACGAGGACGCAGAGAAGCCCUUUGAGUUUGUUCUCGGUGACAGCCCUGAGACCAACAAGAUGGGCUCCGUGCUGAGUCUCAAGAGGAAUAGCCGUGUGGGCGCCAAGACGGGAGAUGGUCUCCAAAUGAAUAUGCAAGAUGGGAAACCUCUGACACGAGUUACGAGCAAGGAGACAUUUGGAUCACCUGUGAUCCCCAAUGAGUACGAGUAUUAUCACAAAGCUUCAUCGCAUUCAGUUGAUUGGCGCGAAAGAUCUCAGCAUUUGGAGGAUGAGAUUGCAAAUUUGCGUGAAUUGUUGAAGAAUCGAGACAACGAGGUGGACAAGCUCAAGCGAGAAGUUCACAAAUUGAAGAGUGUCCUGCAGCAGACAACAAACCACAUCCGUGUUGGUGAUGGAGAUCUCCUGUCAAGCCUUCAGAGUCAUCAUUGCAUGGCUGCUCAGCAGAACCGCAGCUGUUGCACAACAGCCUUACCUGCGGGACAGAAGCAACCGCCUGCGGGGAACAAAACGCGUCCUCGCUUUGAAUCGGCCCCAACAACGGUUGUCAAGAAGCAAGGAGUUUCAGGAGAGAGUUCAGACGGAGCUGCUCAGCAGUCGCGUGACAUCAAAAUCCCCAAAUACGAGAAGGAUUUCCGUUCGAAGCAACUCAUCAAGGACGCCAUCAUGGACAAUGACUUCAUGAAGAACCUCGACUGUCUGCAAAUACGUGAACUUGUUGACUCCAUGUACAGUCGCGAGUAUCCAGCUGGUGAAUAUGUGAUCCGUGAAGGUGAAGCUGGAUCCCAUCUCUAUGUCUCGGCGGAAGGGGAGUUUGAAGUAAUCAAGGAUGAAAAGAUCUUGGGCACAAUGGGUCAGGGGAAAACAUUCGGAGAACUAGCAAUCCUCUACAACUGCACACGAACAGCCUCAAUAAGAGUUCUCACGAAUGCUCGAGUUUGGGUGCUUGAGCGUCGUCUCUUCCAGCAGAUUAUGAUGCGUACGGGUCUGCAGCGUAUAGAGGAGAAUGUAAAGUUCCUAAAAUGCGUGCCCCUGCUGAAGAAUCUGAGUCACGAUGUUCUCUGCAAGAUUGCCGAUGUACUGGAGGUGGAAUUCUAUCCGGCAAACUCCUACAUUAUUCGCCAAGGAGCCAGUGGCGACACAUUCUACCUCAUUAGCCAGGGCAGUGUGAAGGUGACUCAACGUUUGCCGGGUGUUUCGGUUGAGGAGGAGAUUAGGGUGCUAAAUCGCGGAGAUUACUUCGGUGAGCAGGCGCUCAUAAAGGAAGACAAACGAACUGCAAAUAUCGUAGCUCAGCCACCAGGUGUGGAGUGUCUAACGCUGGAUCGGGUCUCCUUCAAUCAGCUCAUUGGAGAUCUCGUUGAACUCCACGACAUCGAUUACGGUGAUGCAAAUCGUUUGAUUGCCUUCAAGCAGUCUGAGAGGAAACUACUGGAGUUUGAGCGGCUGGACAAGCAGGAACUGCUCGAUGUGGAACUGGCUGAUUUGGAAACAGUUGCCACCCUUGGUGUGGGUGGAUUUGGACGUGUUGAACUUGUGAAGCACACGAAUUCAGGAAAGGUUGAAAGCUAUGCUCUGAAGUGCCUUAAAAAGCAACAUAUCGUUGAGACGCAUCAGCAGGAUCAUGUCUUCAGUGAACGCACUAUAAUGCUGUCCUGUCAGUCUCCGUUCAUCUGUCGACUGUUUAGAACGUACAAGGAUACAAAGUACGUCUAUAUGCUUCUUGAAGCAUGCCUAGGGGGAGAAAUCUGGACCACACUUAGAGAUCGAGGAUACUUUGACGACGCAACGACUCAAUUUAUCAUUGGAUGCGUUCUGCAGGCCUUCGAAUACCUCCAUGCACGUGGAAUUGUGUACAGAGAUCUGAAACCGGAGAAUCUCAUGCUUGACUCACGAGGCUACGUGAAGCUUGUUGACUUUGGAUUUGCCAAGUAUAUUGGGUACAGCAGUAAAACGUGGACUUUCUGCGGAACCCCUGAGUACGUUGCACCGGAAGUUAUUCUCAAUAAAGGGCAUGAUCGUGGAGUUGAUUUCUGGGCACUUGGAAUUCUCAUUCAUGAACUUCUAACUGGAACGCCACCAUUUACGGCGAGUGAUCCAAUGAAGACCUACAAUAUUAUCCUAAAGGGCAUCGAUAUGGUUGACUUCCCUCGACACAUGAGCAGAACGGCAAUAGGACUCAUUAAGAAACUUUGCCGGGAUGCUCCAGUUGAGCGUUUAGGCUAUCAAAAGGGCGGAUUUGACGACAUCAAGAAGCACAGAUGGUUUCAAGGCUUCGACUGGGAUGGACUUGUGAGUCAAACUUUGGAAGCCCCAAUAGUGCAACCUGUUGCCGGUCCCCUGGACGUAUCGAACUUCGACCAAUUCCCCAUUGACAGUGAAAUUCCGCCAGAUGAAUGUUCGGGCUGGGAUGCUGAUUUCUGAUUAUGGCUCAUCCCUCAUACCGCUGUGGCCUUUCUAGAAUCAAACUUUAGCAAUAAAAAGUCAAAUACUUUGCAAUUAUUUUCAUGCGCAGAUAUUAAAGGCUUUACGAUGAAUUUUAA